UGAACAUCGCAGGAAUAAGCUUUGUAUUUCCUUUUAUGAUUCUCCCAAAAGAAUGCAUUUUCGUCUCUCCAGAUCCCCCUCCCUCCCUAUUUACUUAUGAAAAUGUUCUAGUGCUACUAUUACUUUAGAAGGCAUCCUCCCAAAUUUGAGGAAACAGCUUAAAAAAGGCCUAAGUUAUGAGAAAUGAACAAGUCAUUGAGGACGAUCCUUCGGCUAAACUUUAUCCAAUGUGAUUAAAUAACGGGGCUCCUUUCUACGGCCAUCGGAUCCCUUCUCUUCGGUUACAUUAUCGGCGGACAGACAAUCCAUGACCUUUGAGGUACAUUGCCCAAAGGAAAAGAAGAAUCGCUGGAGAAUUAUCAAGACUUUCACGGUAAAAGCGUAUGCACACCCUUCUUUGUGCCCAGUCAAUACAUUUAUUACCUAUUGUCUAUUGCGUUCUGCUCAAUCCGUCGACACAUUAUUUAUCAAUAUUCAAGUUUUUAAAGUUUUUAUUCCUCGCAAGACUAUCUCAAAAUGGGUACACAGGCUCAUCAGCCUCUCGGCUUCGGAAAAAAGGAAUCACUCUGCGCUCAAUUGCUUCCUCUUUGGCCUUACAAGCACAAAUCUCAAAAGAAGAUAUAAUUACUAUGAGCAAUUGAUCUUCUUCCCUUACUUUUGAGAAUCACUACAGGGGAGAUCAUCUGACUAGAUUUGAUUUUACCAAUGCUUUGAUUUCUGUAGGUCCUAAACUUGGUGAUAAUAAUGACAAUGAUGUAUUCUAUGAUGCUCUCUAAUAGCAAAUCAUAUUUCUUAUAUGUGUAUUCUUAUGUCUAAAUAUUCAAGAAACCCUCCCCCCUCCCAUUUGAAAUUUUGCUUUUUUUUUACUUGACGCAUUUUCACUAAAUUCUACAGCAAUAGUAAUAAGAACGAGUAUAUAAAAAGAA